GGGUCUCGCUCCACAGCUGCCUUUGCCGCUCGCUACGGGCAGAGUCAUCUCAUCUCGCUUGUCAACACCACGGCGGCAUGCUCCGUCCGAGCUGGACAGGUCGACUUGACCGCUCUCUGGAAUAACACAAUCACGCGAACGCAUAGCCUCCCUAGCCUCGCACGCAUGACGAGAUCCCAACCCGCAUGCAUGGAUUUCCGACAACCCAUUCAUCUCCACACUCGCCUUCACGCUAACCGCUGCGGAUCUCCACUCGCCGCUGUGCUAUCCGGCGGGCUCGGGGCUUGUGCGAGAUAUCUGUCUGUUACGCGAUUGAUUGUCUAGGCUCUGGGACUACUUUCAUCGAUGAUCUGCGCAGGAUGGGUUGAAUAGUUGUAAAAUUAAUGGAAUUGCAUGAUCGACUUCUUAGGUUCUAGAAUUAUAAACAUCUCCUUCUCCAGGGAGAUACGUCCGUUGAAUAUCCCAUGCCGGCCGCUUUGCAUUCAGGAUCGGUAUGGAAGACAAGUGGACUGUGCCUUGAGGCUGGUAUGUGUAAUUGCCCUUUGCCCUUGACCCAGACGUGCGAUAUGCCAAUAAUAAUUC